AUGCCACUGGAAAUUAUCCUAAUCAUCGUUGCUGGUUUCAUCGUGGCCUUCAUACUGGCUGUCGGCGUUGGGGCCAAUGAUGUGGCCAAUGCGUUUGGUACUUCCGUUGGGGCGAAGGUUCUUACCCUGAAGCAGGCCUGUUCAAAGGUCACGGACACGGUUCGCAAGGGCAUCGUUGAUAUCUCCAUCUACGACAACCGGACCGAGGUGCUUAUGCUAGGCAACAUCGCUACCCUAUCCGGGUCAUGCCUCUGGCUGAUACUGGCCACCGUAUUCAAAAUGCCCGUUUCCGGUACCCACAGCGUCGUCGGGGCCACCAUAGGGUUUGCCCUGGUAGCCUCUGGGACCACUGGCAUCCAAUGGAAACAGCUGAUUUAUAUAGUGGCCUCGUGGUUUGUCUCGCCAGUUCUUUCGGGCAUCGUGUCGUGCGGCCUCUUCUACCUUUGCAAGUAUGGUAUCCUUACAAAGAAAGAUCCGAUAGAGCCAGGUCUAAGGUUCCUACCUAUGUUCUAUGCAGUUACGAUUGUGGUCAAUCUAUUUUCUAUCUUCUUCGAAGGGCCUAAAGCUUUGGGCUUCCAUAAAAUUCCUCUUUGGGGAGUUCUAGUUAUAAGCCUGGGUGCUGGCAUCAUCACAGCCAUCGUCGUUCGGAUCAUAGUCAUACCUUUCCAACGAAGAAAAAUUAUCGGUUAUAAUAAUAAUAUAAAGUUUGUGAAAAAGUACGAUGAGAAUGAGAAGUUGAUGAUGGACGAGAUGAAGAAGAAGGAACAAGAAAAGGUCUUCAGAGAGGUAGCCAAUAAGAGGCUGCGAGAAAAUGCUAUACCGAAACAUGGUUCAUUCGUGGCAGACGAGAAAAUAAGACUGAAAGAGAUCGAUGUUAAUAACAAAUCACUCCCAAAGCAUGGCUCCUUCGUAGCUGAUGAUAGAACGAGAAUAAAAGAGAGAAAUGAAUUGAAAAUUUCCUUCAAGCCGAACAGUCAGGACGGAUUGAACAACGACCUUUUUGAUGACGCACAUUUAGUGAAGAGAGAAAGAUCGCAGUCGAUGAUUGCCGCCACGUCAACAAACAUCGAGGCGGAGAUUGCACACGAUGAACACAAGAAGAAGAGGUUCAGAUCCAAGUCCGAAUCAGCCACCGCUGAGCAGCGCAAGAAGAUGUACUCCGGUACGAUCAACCAGCUAGUGCAUAAGAGGUUCGUGAACGCCGACAAGUCCAUGAUCUUGAACAUCGAGAUGAAGUAUGCUGCUUCCAAGGAGCAGAAGCUACAACAGGAGGGCCGGCCCACCGGGGAGAUUGUGAAAAUGACGAGGGAUGCAAUAAACGACAGACCCGAGCAAAGACAAUUAUUUUCCUACCUUCAAAUUCUCUCUGCUGCUUUUGGCGGGUUCGCUCACGGCGGAAAUGACGUCAGUAAUGCCAUCGGUCCUCUGGUCAGCAUUUGGAUCCUGGGCACAGCUAAGAGCAAUAUUCCUGAGAACAGUUACUCGCAGAUAUUGAUCCUGUUGUUCGGAGGUAUCGGGAUCACAGUGGGACUGUGGAUCUGGGGCAGAAGGGUUAUCAAGACCAUGGGGGAGGACCUCGCUAAAAUCACCCCAUCCACUGGCUUCUGCAUCGAGCUCGGAGCAGCCACGACGGUUCUGGCGGCCUCGAACCUCGGCCUGCCCAUUAGUACGACCCACUGUAAGGUCGGCUCUGUGGUGACUGUCGGCUGGGCCAGGGCAAGGAAGAAUGUCGAUUGGAAACUGUUUUCGUCCAUCUUCCUGGCUUGGGUUCUUACUCUUCCCGUGGCAGGUGGGAUCAGUGCGGCCGUCAUGGCGAUCCUGAUGAAUUUGUCGAUCGCCAAGUAUGGCAUCGGUGGUUCGGCGGGCGCCAGUGGGGCUAAUUCUACCAUACUGUACGAUGUCUUGACUAAUACUACUACUAUUACUGUUUGAUUAGUUGACUUGAGUAUAUUUCAUUGAGUAGUUUUAUGAAUUUUUCUCUUUUAUCUUAAACGGUUGAAUAAAUAAGCGGUUGAUUACAUACUUAAAUGGAUGAGUGAGUGAGUGAGGGAGUAAGUGAGUGAGUGAGUGAGAAACUAUACAAAAAAUAUUUGAAUAAAUAAAUGAAUGAAAAGAUGAAUGAAGGAAUGAAUGAGCAAAUGAACGUAUCACAUAGACACUACAUAGACGCUCUCCAAACUCGAGUUUAUGCAUCAAGAGGAUGGAUUUUACGUUUAAAAAAACUUCACUAACAAAUAAAUAACUUAAAUAAAUAAUAAAGAUGAAUUAAAAAAUGCAAAAUAGUUUUGAAGAGAGAGAGACAGAGAGAGAGAGUUGAGUAGUGUGGAGGAAAAUGUCAAUCACUUCACGAAUUAAUUACAAUUGACCAUUUAAUUGAUUAAUUAAUUCGUAUUACAUCCUUGUCAGAGGCCCUACUUUACUAACCUUCACUG